CGAGCAUCACUUCGCCGUGAUGGCGAACGAAGCGCACGGGCGCGGGGAAGCAGCCGGUCUCGCGUCCAACUCCUUGGACCUGAGCACGUCUCUCGAGCGCAGCGUGCAAACACGAAUUUUCAAAAUCAUCGUGAUCGGAGACUCGAACGUGGGAAAGACGUGUUUAACGUUCCGCUUCACCGGCGGCUCUUUUCCGGCCAAGACGGAGGCCACGAUCGGAGUGGAUUUCAGGGAGAAAGCGGUCGAAAUCGAGGGUGAGAGGAUAAAGGUGCAGGUAUGGGAUACGGCCGGUCAGGAGCGCUUCCGCAAAAGCAUGGUGGAACACUACUACCGCAACGUCCAUGCUGUUGUCUUUGUCUAUGACGUCACCAAAAUGGCCUCGUUUGAGAACCUGAAGACAUGGAUCCAGGAGUGCAACGGGCACCGUGUGUCAGCCUCAGUGCCCCGUGUCCUGGUUGGUAACAAGUGUGACCUUGUGGACCAAAUCCAGGUCCCGUCCAACAUGGCGCUCAAGUUUGCUGACGCGCACAACAUGCUGCUGUUUGAGACCUCUGCCAAAGACCCCAAGGAGAGCCAGAAUGUGGACUCCAUUUUCAUGUGUCUGGCAUGUCGUUUGAAGGCCCAAAAAUCUCUUAUCUAUAGGAAUGUGGAGAGGGAGGAUGGGAGGGUGAGGCUCAACCAAGAACCCAAUCCCAAGACCAACUGUCCAUGCUGAAGACCUGUGAAGCCUAGAAUAAUCUUAUCCUGUAUUCCACACCUACUGAGACUAAUGUUGAUUGCUGCAACAACAAAAAAAAUGUGCCUGCAACUAAUGAUGUUUUACACUGAUGCUUUGGUUUGUGUGUUUUGUCUCUGUGUGGCUUCUCUAAUUUAUCUCGCCAAUCACAUCAUCUCGAAACCUUUUAUUAUCCCUGGACUACUAUGCCAUUUAAUACUUGAUAUAUUGUCUAUGCCUCUUUAACUAACAUUUCAGCUAAAAAUUGGAAAAAGAGAUUUUAGUUCAAAGAUCCAAUCAGCCAAAUAACAUCCAGUUGUAUUAAUUUGUGUUCUACCAUUCAUCAAUUCAUUUCCCAGCACAUAAUCGGCGUGAGAGAUUACUGAGUGCAGUUAGACGUGCGUACCGUACCACACGUGAUUAUUUAUUCAACUGUUCGCAGUCAUGAUAUGGCAUGGUAGCCAUGCAGUUGUCUAAAUGCCUUAAUAACGGGGCUCAUAUUGAUAAUGUCUAGCAAGUCUUUGCAUCUACACAAUAGUGGAAGGAGUAGUCAUCCUGAAUAGUUGCAUGGUGUGUUAUCAGAUCUUCUCAAUAAUGAUUACCCUGCAUGCUGAAAAUGUGAUCUGACUUAAGGAAAGAAUAUUAGAUGAGUGAAAUUGAUGAUUUGCAAUGAAAAAAAAAAAGACACUGCCGUUCCACAUCAAAGCAUGCCUCGGACUGUAUAAUUAAGAGUUGUUCCAUGAAAUCAAGUCAUACAUGAGCUGAUAACAGCUAUAAACCAUGUACGAUGAGAUUGUGGAGAGAAUAAAACAGUUAUUCCACUCAUUCACUGGAUUUUGAGAAACGGAGCAUUUUUAUUUUUUGCAAAUUCGGGAAAUAAAAACUUAGUAGAAAACAUCCAACAAAAUCAUUUCCGCUUAGAAUGUAAACAAACUGCUGAAAUGACAGUAGCAAUUUGUGAAAAAUGCUGCUAUAAUAAUUCUUGAAAAAUAAGAGAUGUUCUUACCAUCCAGUACUUUCUUUCCAUAUUUUGUUGCGCUUUUUUUGUAUUUUUUGGGCGUUUUGUUUUCGAGUAGAGUUUAUAUUUUGUCCUUGGUUGGUUCAGCAACACGCAUCACCACUUUCUUGUUGUUGUUCUCUAGGGUUUUUUGAUGGUUGGUAAACCAACUUAAAGGUGCAUUACCACUACUGACUGGGCUGGAGUUUGGAACAGGAGAUAUUGGGGUGGGAACUAUAUUCUUUUAGCUAUUUCUGUUUCUUUUAAAUACUUGAUGACAAAGAUGCCAUUUUGUUUUCUUCUACUCAUGGUACAUGAACUGAUACCCUAGUAGUAGAGUAGCCAAUCAGAGCACACGAUUACUCAUAUCCAGUGAAUGUGGAUAGAAUAAUAGUGGAUAUAUGACCAAUAUGAGCAAGAUAUAAGUUGUCAGUGUGUUAUGUCGUAUCCUAUUCUGUUAAUAUUUGCUAUAUUAAAUGAUUCCAAUAGUGUGACCAACAUUUAACUAUCUAUGAGAGUCAUAAAAAAUAACUCCAUCUUAUCCAAUUUAUUUCCUGUGUGUCAAACACUCAUUCAUCCAAUUAAUUACUAAAACAUCAGUUAUUAUAGGAAACAUCCCUGAUGCAAGACAUCAUAGAAUACAUCCUAACAAAGCAGUCAUAUGGUGGGUUUUUUUGUUUGUUUGUUUGGUUUUUUGUAUUCCUGUUUCAAGAAAUAUUUUGAAGUUACUGUGUGUAAUUGUGUCAGCGUACAUCAGGUUAAGGCUUUUUACACAAUCAACAAUUAUGUAAAAUGUUACAUGUUACAACAUUUGUUAGAUGUCUGAAAGUGAAGUGUGUUACCUGUAUGUAUAACGUAUAGCUUGAGGUCAUAAUUAUCGGGUCUUCUGCGUAGCUGAGUGUGUUUCUUGCGUGGAACAAUAACAUAAUCUCUUUUCAAGAAUCUAUUUGUGAUACAUUAUUUAUGCCUGCUAACCAAACACUCUGUGUCCAUUUCUUGUUAGAAUGAAUUCUGAUAAGGUUCUUUUAAACACUAGCAUUUGAAAUGCACCCCAUAUGAUAAAAUUAUUGGUAUUAUGUAAGAAAUAAAAUAUUCAAGGCAUGCCUUUUUUGCAAAAUAAUCAACAGUGUUACCAUACCAAAGUUGAUUAUUGACCAAUAACAGUCUUGAAGGGUUUUUUUUUCCGACUGAUACCACAGCAAAUUGCCAAUGAUGUCAUACAUUUUGUUCAUUUAUAGUUAAUGUUGUGGAACAUGAUGUGUCACUUAAGUUAUUGCAGCUAUAA